CAGUAUAGUUAACUCAUAAUAUUAUCAGCGUUUCAAUUUCAAUUCUCAGAACUGGGAGACGAGCAUGGAGGAACCCUCACGCAUUGCGAACUCCGGUUCCAAUUCAAAACGAUCCUCAAAUUCAAAUCGGAGUAACAAUAGCAACAACAAGAAGAGGAAGACGAGUCAAAAUACCCUAGGCAUGGCCUGGGGUGCCAAUUCUCGCUCUGCUUCUCGUCCCGCCUUCAGUACUUCACCUUUCUCCAAUUUUGGCAGUUACAUGGCCGUCAAGAAUCAGAAGCUUCACGACCAGUUUGAGGCGGAGGCAUCAAGCACUUCUAUCAGUGGUCCAAAUUCUUCAAAACCUAUAUUUCAGGGCGUAUCCAUUUUUGUUGAUGGAUACACGGUUCCUUCCAGUCAGGAGCUUCGAGGAUACAUGUUGAAGCAUGGAGGCCAUUUUGAAAAUUAUUUUUCUAGACGUCGUGUUACUCAUAUAAUCUGUAGUAAUCUUCCUGACAGUAAGGUUAAGAAUUUAAGGUCCUUCAGCAGGGGACUUCCAGUAGUCAAACCAACAUGGGUGUUGGACUCUGUCGCUGCAAAUAAGCUUCUGAAUUGGGUUCCUUAUCAGCUUGAUCAGCUUGCAAGUGAAGUUAAUAACCAGCCUAAGCUAUCUGCUUUCUUCACAAAAAACAUUGCUAUUUAUGAUGAUACGACAACAUGUUCAACUGUCCAAGCCAUAUCUAGAGUUGGGAGCCCAUUCUCAUAUUCGGGACCAUUUGAAGAUCCCAUGUCAAUUGAAGAGUGGCAAUCUGCAGAAGAUUUGGAGCUUUGUGCUGUACAAUCUAAAGAUCUAGUGCAAACAGACUACAAUGAAGAUAGAGUUGAAGAGUCAAGUUGCAGCAUAGAAAGGCCAGAACUGAGUGAUGCUGCAAGUGGAGAUGGAAGCCAAGCUCCAUUUUCAGAACCUUCCAGUCCUCAUAACAAUGCAUCAGUUUGUAGCGAAUGGAUGAGUGAUCCUGUUAACGUGGGCUCAUCAAAUUUAAAGAUUCCUAGGUCUCCUAAUCAGCAACAUUCAACUCUAAAUGAUGCUAAUUUUGUGGAAAAUUACUUUAAGCAUUCGAGGUUGCAUUUCAUUGGCACCUGGAGAAACCGGUAUCGUAAACGAUUUCCUAGUUCCCCUGGUGGGUUUAGAUGCACAAGUUCAGGCCCUAGUUCUUCAGCAACAGCAAAUAAGACAAUGAUUAUUCAUGUGGAUAUGGAUUGCUUUUUUGUGUCUGUGGUCAUUAGGAAUCGCCCCGAGUUGAAGGAUAAACCUGUUGCCAUUUGCCAUUCAGAUAAUCCACGGGGAACAGCUGAAAUAUCUUCAGCGAAUUAUCCUGCUCGGGGUUAUGGAGUUAAGGCCGGAAUGUUUGUCAGAGAUGCCAAGUCAUGUUGCCCUCACCUAGUCAUUCUUUCUUAUGACUUCGAGGCUUAUGAGGAGGUUGCUGAUCGCUUUUAUAACAUAUUGCACAAGUACUGCAACAAAGUGCAGGCCGUAAGUUGUGACGAAGCAUUUCUAGAUGCCACUGAUUCCGGAGUAGAGGACAUUCAAAUUUUUGUCUCAGUGAUCAGAGAGGAGAUUCUUGAUGCGACAGGCUGUACUGCUAGUGCUGGUAUUGCUGGGAAUAUGCUUAUGGCGCGUCUUGCUACUAGGAUUGCAAAACCAGAUGGGCAGUGUUACAUCCCUGCUGAGAAGGUGGAGGAGCACCUGCGUGAACUUCCAGUAAAAGCACUUCCUGGAAUCGGUCACGUGUUGGAAGAGAAGUUGAACAGGAGACAAAUCACAACUUGUGGGCAGCUGCGUAUGAUUUCCAAGGAAACUCUCCAGAAGGACUUUGGUUCUAAAAUUGGCAGUAUGCUAUGGAACUAUAGUAGAGGGAUAGAUGACCGGUUGGUUGGCAUGAUACAGGAAAGCAAAUCCAUAGGUGCAGAUGUUAACUGGGGCGUGAGGUUCAAGGAUCAGAAAGAUGUACAACGUUUUCUGUUAAACCUUUGCAAGGAGGUUUCAUUACGUUUGCAGGGGUGUGGAGUGAUAGGGAGGAAGUUUACCUUAAAGAUAAAGAAAAGAAAGGGCGAUGCAGGGGAGCCAGUAAAGUAUUUGGGCUGUGGUGUUUGUGAUAACUUGAGCCAUUCUGUCACGGUGCCACUGGCUACAGAUAGUGUUGAUGUGCUUGAGAGAAUCGUUUCACAGCUUUUUACGACUUCACACGUGGAUGUGGAGGACAUACGAGGCAUGGGAUUGCAGGUCUCAAAGCUUGAAACUGCAGAUAGUUCCAAGCAAGGCAAAGAGAGAUGCUCCAUCAGAUCUUGGCUCACUGCUCCCUCUGCUAAGACCAAUAACCAAAACAGAAGAAGUAGUCAUGAGAAAGGUGCUGAUGCAGCUAACAGUAAAGACAGUGUUGAUGAACGCCAGGCUCAGUUGCAGGGUGAUUCUAGUACACCUUUCAUUGAAAUGACUGCAGCGUCGCCCUCUGGUACUGCUGGAACUCUGCCUCCUAUGAACGAGCUUGAUAUAGGAGUUAUAGAGUCUCUUCCUCCUGAGGUCUAUUCAGAAAUUAACGACAUGUAUAAUGGAAAAUUGGCUCAUUUUAUUAAUGAAAAGAGACGCAAAGGAAAAGAAAACAUAUCUUCUGUUUGCCCUGCUGCACCUGAUGAAGCUUUUGCUGCUCAUGAGCAUCAGUAUAAUGAAGAGGAAAUCCAAGUGGUCUCUCAUCCUAAUAAGCUUUUUGCUGAUAUGAAAAGUGAGACACUGUCUGAUGCUACUGUACCAAAUAUGGACGUGGUUAUUGAUGCUCCUGUCUCGGGAGGCAUCAGUCUAAUGCCCUCUUCUCUAAGUCAAGUAGACACCUCGGUUUUUCAAGAAUUGCCUGAGGAGUUAAGGACAGAUAUACUUGAACUCCUCCCUGCACACAGGAACACUGAAUCUUCACUGGAUGCUUCCUUGGUCUGUGCUAAUAAUCAGAACUGUAGUCCUUCUAUUUCAAGCAUUGACUUGUGGGUUGGAAAUCCACCUGAAUGGAUUGACAUAUUCAAAGCCACCAAUUGUCAGAUUUUGUGCGAUUUGGCAGAGAUGUAUCAAAGAGCAGGGGCAAAGAAACAGUUAUCUUCUGUAUUGCAGAGGACUAUGUCUAAGAUUUACAUUCUACCUGAUGUCGGCACUGAUGGAUGGGAUGAGGCUGUUAGUUGCUUAUGCGAGCUUAUCAAGCAGUAUCUAAGAUUAAAAAUUUCAACUGAUAUUGAAGAGGUUUACAUAUGUUCUUGUCUUUUAAGAAGGUUAACUGCAAGGUCAAAAGUUUUCAUAGAAGUUUACAACAACUUGCUUCCACAUUUUCAGGCAUCGGUUAGUGAGAACUAUGGUGGCAGCUUUUACAUUGCUUCUGUGACGGAAUGAUGCGUGGCAUGCCUUCUUUGCCAAGAAAAGUGUCAGGUGCUCUAUGCCUACAAGUCCGCAUUCUGCCUGCUCACUUGUUCUACUUGUAAAUUGUGUAUCGAUGCAAAGGACCUCUUGUACAAGAACUCACACCUGGUUUAACAGAAGAUCUUAUGAACUUCUGAUAGUACCACAUGAUGUUAGAAGAGUCCUUGUUAUCUCUGACUUCCAGUCUCCCAUGAUAGUGCCUUUGGUUAUGCAUGUGAGUGCUUCUUUAUUCUACACUAGCAAUCUUCUUUGAAUUUCCUGGAACUAGUUUCUUAAAGAGCAUUUACUAAAAAUGUGAAAAAACUAUAUUAUCAAUCUUGCUUUUGAUUCCUUGGCAAAUUUAUUGAAUAUGUAAGUUCUCCUUAUUCUUGAUUUCUCUUCUUCCUCUCUGCUCAUGUGUCUUAUAAGUACCUAGAUCUGUUCUUCAUUUUAGGAUAUACUUCCUGAUCUGAAGCUGUUAAGUACUGCUUUUGUUUUGUUGAAGAUUUUGUAACCUUCAAGUGGUCAUUGUAAACCAAGUAGGUGAUAGAGGGUAUUUUUAAUCCACAUUCCAUUUGUGAUUUUUUGCAUCUUCUUUUUAUUUUCAUAUGUUACUUGUAGUUCUCACAUCUUUCACUUAUUUCCUCUUUAAGUUGAAAUCAUAAUCAUAUAGUGUGGGGGAUCAGGUUAAAGUGAUAGAGCUUGAGACAUCAUGUUAUUCAUGGUGGCUACUUAUGUGUUCUGGGAGUGUUAUUUCCAAUUUGUUUUCCCUUUUGCUUGAAGUCAAGUGGGGCUUCAUCUUUGGAUGAAUAAUGUUAGGUGAUAUGAAGUCAUGAACUGCUUGAAUCAGUUUAAACAAUCUAUUCAUUUUUUUCUUAGGCUUACGUUCUGGAGGUCCUGCUGAUAAUAUCUUAGAUGAUCAUUCAACUAUGGACUCAGCCACUCAACUUUGAUUUCUAAUUCAAAAGCCACUAAACUAUGAGUUUUUACUUACAAAGUUACUCAACCUAUUUAAUUGAGUUUUAAAUUAAAAUUUGCUGACAUGAAAUACUUAUUUCCAAUCAAAAUUUUAAAAAAUAAAAAAAUGUCCAUCUAAACCAUUUAAUGACCCACCCACUUAACCCGACCCACUAAAAAGGUGAUCGGGAUCAUUGAAAUUAUCAUCCUCUACCACUGUAAACAUACUGUAGAAAUAAAAUCAUAAAAGAAACAACAUUCAAGGGUUUUAGUAAAUUCUAACUA